AUGUCCAAAAGGCGACGCGUGCACAAUGAGGAGGGAGGCAGAGGUCGGACCGACGGUCGAACUUGGGCCAUUGGCCUUUGCCUCACCGUGGCGGUGCUCUUCGCCUUGGCUUCUCUACAAGUCUUGGACGUGCCACAGAUCGGCCUCACUGAGCCGCACAAGACUAUCCAAAAGGCCAAUGUGGCUGAGGCUCUUCUGAGACUGGAAAAGAAUCAGAAAUCUGCCAGACUGGAACGGACAGCCCUGGAAGGAGGAGCUCCAAGCAGCACUCUGAGGGCGGAACCGACGGGCCAUCUGGACGGAUCCGUGGCCGGAGCUCCAAGCACGACGCCUCCGGGGCAAAGCAACGCCUCCGAGCCGGAGAUGAUUUGGUACGACCUUCCGCGGCGGUCACCGCUCAACGCGCAGAUCGAUCUGGUCAUCGCAGCCUUCCGGGAGGAUCUUAGUUGGAUCAACGUGAUGAUGGAGCCGAUGGCCUCGGACUUCGCGCUGCGUUUGUACUGCAAAGGUGAUCGUUUGAAGGAUCCUCGCUGCCUUCGAAUAGAUAACUUCGGCGGGGAGGAAUAUGCGUACUUGACGCAUAUCACCCACUUCUAUGACGACCUGGCGCCCAUCACCAUCUUCACGUUGGGCUCCAUUUACGACCGGGGCUGGGACUGGCUGAAGUGCCGCAAGCUCAACUUCGUCCUCAGUCAACUGGACACCCCGGAGCGGCGGCAAAACUUCCCGGGAUUUGCCACCAUGGCGCAUACGAAGCCAGACUCCUUCCACGAGUUCGAAGGUUUCUUCACCUUGACCAAAUACCAAAAUCACGCGGGUGGCACAAAGACCGCCUCCUGUCGGGCCAGCAUUACGCCUCUGCAGAAGUGGUUUGAAGCGUUCAUCAAUGUGUCACUUGCAAAAGCCAGGCACACGGGGGUCUUGUACAAUCCCAUCUUUGCCGUCUCCCGCGAGAGAAUACGUCAGUUCCCCAGUCCGACCAUCACCACAGAGGACGCCACCGCCACCGCCACCGACAUCACCAUCACCGCCACUCCAAACAUCACAGCACAACCCGGCGACGGCGACCAAAUCCUGGAAUGGCUCGAAUUCCACGCCACCCAACUCGACAAUCCCAACCGACCACAACACCAGUACAUUGCCAAUAUCCUCACAGACUGCAACAUCACCUACAAGGAGAUCACCGAUUUCCGACAAUAUACCCACGCCAAGUGGAACGACGCAACUCACCAAUACGACCAAUUCCAGUACUACGCCAUUUCACUUCCCUUCCUCAACACCAAAGCCACUACACCAGAGCCACCUGCGGUUUCCCGCGCCACAUCAACCCACCGGGAAGUCGCCCACAUCAACGCAGGCCACACAGGCCCCGUCGGCAACAUUUCCAACAUUCUACGCCAAGGCCGAUUUUUACCCAGCACACUCCACUUUGCCAACUACCCUGGAUUUUUUGCCCAGGGCGUUCGCAUCACCCACAACCAACCCCAUGACCACAACGAACUUGCCCGCAUCAUCCACAACACCUGGCAACUCCACAAGAAUUCCCAUUCCCUUAUCAUCACACUCCUUGCUUGGGGUGCUGCCACAAAAUAUACCUCUGGAGGUGAGGAACACGCCAUGAACCUCCUUAACGACCACCAUGGUGCAGUCUUUCAUCAGAAGGGCCGCUGCUGGGUGAUCCACCCGGACCACGCCAUUGUCAAAGGACUGGCCUGGUCCACCAACUCCACUCCACCGGACCCAUAA